GAGUCACAUGAAUGGUUUGUUUUGGUCGUGACAGAAUCAGUACAUUAACACGUAGCUAGCAGACACUACUGCAACAACGUUAUAUUCUGGUUAAAAUAUCAGGUGAACAAAACAUAGAUCUUAAAAUCUUCUCUCAAGGGCGAGAAAAAGGAAAUACGAGAAAGGGCGAGAAAAAGGACAUACAUCAGGCGGAAGCGUCUCUGGUUUCUGUUUACGCUAAUGAGUGCCAACGUUAACCGUCAAAACGAUGCUUCGGUGGAUUCUUGGUGGUCGAGAAGCUCAGGGUUCAUUGGAGAAAAGCUCCAUGUUGUGCAUCGGAGAGGAACAGCCCAAAAACUGGUUCACUGAGCUGCAGGUGCUGAAAGGACAUUUUGACAUUGUUCGAUUUCUGGUGCAGAUUGAUGACUUCAGAUGUGCCUCAGCGGGCGAUGAUGGCCUGGUUUUGGUGUGGAAUGUUGAGACCGGAGAGAGACUCCAGGAGCUGAGGGGCCACUCCCAGCAGAUUACAGCCAUGACCACCUUCACCUGUGAUGAUGGAGACACGACGCACACCUCGCUCCUCACAGCGUCCUCUGACCGAAGUCUCAGCCUGUGGGACCCGGACACAGGCAACAGGGUUCAGACCAUUUCAGAUCUUCAGUCCUCUGUAAAGUGUCUGCUGGUGCUGGAGCGGCUGUGUGUGUUUGUCUCGGGCGGGGGGGAGCUGUGUGUGUGGAACAAAGACUUCCAGCUGCAGUGUCACCGACCCAACCACAGCGACACCGGAAUAACUGCUUUGAUAGAGCUGCCCAAGAACUGCAUAGCAGCUGCAAUGGAUAAAGAGAUAGUGAUCUACAGGCUGACGGUCUCUACAGAUUCUUCCAUAUCGGUGGCUGAGGUCCGCUGUCUGUCCGACCACCAGGACAGAAUUCGAGCUCUUAUUAACGUCAAUGACGGGCUCUUUGCGAGCGGCUCCCACGCGGGCGAGCUGAUAUUAUGGGAUGCGAUUGAAUGGAACAUCAUGGCCUAUGAGCACAUCCUGUGGGAGGAGUCACCAGCCUGCACUCACGCCGAAAUACGAUUGGCUGCUCCCAAACCCAGUGAGAUGUCCAUACAGCAUCUGACCACCAAUGGAAGGCACAUCCUUGCAGCUGUAGGCAGCGGUCUGUAUGUGUUCAGCGUUCUGACCAAGACGGUGGUGGCCUACAGGAAGGCGGCCCACGACUCUAACGUCCUGCACACCAUGCUGCUGUCUGACAGCGAGCUGAUGUCCUGCUCUGAGGACGGCAGUGUGAGGAUGUGGGAGAUCCAGGACCUGCCUCUGUCUGCUGAGCCCGCCUCUUCAGGCUUCUUUGGCAUGUGGACUUUCGGCCGGGCGAACAAACCGAGCGCUCCUCCGUUAAAGAAGGUGGUGGACGUCCCAAACAUCCGGAUGCUGGAGCUGACGGGGGAUCUCAUUGGACACUCAGGAGCUGUCCAGAUGUUCGUGAGCUUCAGGGAGAACGGUUUGGUCACCUGCUCCACGGACCACCUGCUGAUCCUGUGGAAGAACGGAGAGAGGCAGUCCCAGCUCCGCAGCCUGGCACUGUUCCAGAAGCUGGAGGAGAAUGAAGGACUCUGACCUUUGACCUGCUGCCUUGAGAUGUAAAGCUUUCCCGUGAUGGUCUUAUCUUUGUAAUGUACUGUUUGCUUUAAAUGAUCAUGUUUGUUGUUUGCACCUUCAAUUAAAGUAUGUAACUUAAAAAAC